UGGAUUAGAGCACACUGAAGCAGCAAGGAUGGCAGGCACAGAGAUUGCUCUGCCACUUCAAGACUACAUCGCAUCAUUGGACAAAAGCGCUCUGCCGAAAAUCCUACAAGUUUGCUCAGGAGUUUACUUCCAAGGUUCUGUCUAUGAAUUGUCUGGGAGUGAAGUGUGCUUUUCCACUGGGGAUCUAAUAAAAGUUGUUGAUGUUGACCUCAUAUCAGUCUGUUGUGAAGACAUCAGCAACAAUAAGUUUGAGCUGCCAAUCAAUCACACAGCCUUACUUAAAGUUGUUCCAGAACAGAUGUCAUACAGUUCACUGGAGGAGUUGGUAAGUCUGAGGCCUGUAGGUCUGGAAUCUUCCCUUCCAGUCACUUUCAUCAGCCACUCCAAAAUUACUUUUGACAAUUUCACACUGGGGGCUGGGAAGCCUUUGACCAUACUCUCCAUUGAUCGGCACGAGGGAGAAGAAGAUCAGGUGUGUUGCCAAGUUCAAGGACAACAGGGAGUUUUGGCCAAAGUGUGCAUCCCCAUUUCCACCCGAGGGGAAUUCUGCGAGUGUGAGAGCAAGGACUACUUCACCCUCCGACAGAUAAUGUCGUCAUCGUGCCUGCGUAGUUGUAGAUUCCGCUUCACAACCACCACUAUGUAUAAACAACCAUUUGUUGUUAGCCCCAUAUACCAGGUCCACGCCGUCAUGAGCAUGAGGAAGAACGUGUUGAAGUUCCCAUCCAGCUUGGAGAUAGACGUGCUGGAUGUGACAGACCUGUGUAAGGAUGUAAAAUUUGUGAAACCGCUCAGUCUGACAGAAGUUUUUUCCCAGCCAGAUAACUCCUUCCCAGCAGUAGUGGAAAUAACAGAAGGCCCAGAAAUCCAAACUCUGUUCAAGUGCAACUGGCUGCCAGAACUUACCAAAGGAAAGCUCCUAGUUCUCCACAGGAAAAGUUUCUCGCCUAUGGUUCUGGUGUCCAGCUUGAAAACCCGGAAGGUACAGCAAUACUUCCUGGUAUCUCAGAAAUAUGGUGGAAGAUUUCGGAGGCGGCCAAGAGAGUUUAACUCGGUGUAUGAGCUGUAUGUUGCUACACUGCGGUCAUCGUGUCUGAGGGUCAGGGUAACGAAGCACAGCGAAGAAGUGAUGGAGGAAGGCCUGCCCGCCCUCACAGUGGGCGAUCAGCUGGAGAUACUUCGCUGUGAAACGGUGGAGUUGCCAUGUGGAAGCAGCAAGGAACCAAAACAGAGCACUGAGGUGCUUGUUUGUCAGUGCAUCCAAGAGGCAGACAAAGGUAGUAAUGAUGAUGAUGAUGAUGAUGAUGACGAUGAUGAAAUUCAUCAAGGGGAUGACAAAGAGGAGAUUUUUCUACCUUUAUACAUGCAGUGUAAUUUUAUGGAGAUACUACCUGAUAACAAAAAAUACAAACUCUCGGACUUGGGCAAGGCUUUUACUUUGCCGUUAGAUGUUAAACUGGUGAACCGUGAUACUGAACUUGAGACAGAUCCACUAGCUGGAUUUCCCUGUCUCCGAAUAGAGGGGGCUGUGUUUGAGCCCACCAUUGAGGCGAGUCUUCCACAUAGUCCCGGCCACUGCUUUGAAAUCCCAACCCAAAAGCUCUCAAUGUCAGUUGCUUUCACCAAAGAAUCCUUGCCAUGGUCCAAGGAUCAACCGCCGAAGUUUCAUAUGGCGACAGUUACUCAGGUGACGGAUGUGUUCUAUCACGAUUUUUGGAAAGCAGGUAAGACAGAUGUGGCUCCCCCACCUCGACCACCAAAACGAAAUAAAUCAACUUCAGGUUGUCUUGAUGCACGACCAAGGCCCUCAAGCAAACCCUCGGUCACGGAAGCAAACUCCAAUCAAUCAAAGGAUCAAAAAAGUAUUUCAACAGAAACGUUUGGAUGUAUGACAUUAAAUAAAAGGAGGCCCCCCGUUCCAUCUGCAGCUGUGUCAGACAGUUAUCCUCCACCGAUCUUCCCCAGAAAGGACUCCGUAAAACCGUCAUCAGCCCAGGCCCCGCCAAACACCUACACCAAAACUGGGGUGUCAUCAGCCCAGGCCCUGCCAAACACCUACACCAAAAUCAGAGCAUCAAAGAGAGAAGUGAAGCAACAUCAGAGCCCAGCAGAAGAGGACAGCGACCAUGAUUACGAAUCUGUGGAUGAGCCUUUGGCAGAAGUAAUGAAGAGGCUACAAGAGGACGUCACAUUUUACUAAAAACACUGUACUGCUGCAACAAGUUUCGACAGUGAGCAUCGAAUGUAAGACUGACUGAGAACAAUAUUUUCAAACUUCACUAUCAGGAAUAUCUUUAAUUUUAUGCAAAAAAAUUUUUACAUUGACAUAAGCUGCAGUGUGUGGGAUUUCUCAUCUAGUGGUGAAGAUGCAGACUGCAUUAUACUGAUGAGGGGGAUUCGUGCUCCUUUGCCUUCGCUUGUAAAAAUAUGUAUGAUCCUUUGACAAUAAUCUGGGUUGUCAAACUUGUUAGCCUGCACUCACAACAGGUAGACAGUAUGCUGGGGAGCAACCACCGAUUCCUCCUUUUUUUUCAGCCUAACAGCUGCACCACAAACUGUGAAAGCUGGAAUAAGUACUUCAAAUUGUUCUCUGUGUCACCCAGAAGCACAAGUAUCCGAAGGCUCAAGACGUGGUUAAAUUAUGCUUAAAAAAACAAAAGCAACAAUCUUUACGGGUGAUACUGAUAAUCCUAUGUAGAUAUGAAUAGCUCAUUAUAUACAUUAAUGCACAGAUGGGUUCUAAUUCUAAAUCCUACACACUGUAGCUUUAAGAGGCUGUCAGUUUAUUAAGCAAUAUUAAAUUUGAUUUGUGACUGUGCCAUAUGAACAGCAGUGAGAUCAGGAAUACCACUUCAGUGUUUCUCAGCAGCAUGAGACACUAUUUUUGAAUGGUGACAAAUCAGUCAACAUUUGACUGAUGCCACAUUAACCUUUCAUCAGACUGAAUUAACCUCUAGAGAAAAGAACCUUUGUUUUAGUGCACAACAAAUGUUGCAGAUACGCUCCCACACAAAUAUAGGAAGUACUCGUAUGUGUAAUGUUUCAUUCUCCAGCAUCAAGCCGUUCAUACGACCGACUAGCAACCAACCAGUUUCCGCAAGACCACAAUCCUUGUGCAGCCCAGACUUUAGUGAAACAACCUUCGCACAAUUUACCAAAUUUGGUAAAAUUGCUUUGUUAAAUCUUGUUAGGGAAGUGUUUGUCGAUAGGCUGCGCUGACUUUAGUGAGUUUGUGAUACUGAUCAUUUCACACUUUAAAACACUGGCAGUGACUCGUCAAAUCAACAUAUUUUGGUGUUAAUAAAAAAAUAAAAAAAUUUAAAACUUCAAGAAGGUAUUAAUGUGUCUGCAGCGAGUUACUGUGUCAACUUGAUGAUGGAUACAAACUAAACAGCUAAAACACAGCCCUUAGUGUUAACCACAUUCCACAAAACAGCAGCGCUUCAUUAUGCACAAAGGCAAAAAAAAAAAAAAAGCCUUUCACAGGAAACUGAAAUUAGAAACAGACAGACCACAAUGUCUGUCUUCUUUUUUGGAGAGGGUCCAAAAGUGAAGCUUUAAAAUGGGGACAUUCUUACAUUGGUCUAAGAGUGACACUACUUGUAAUUUGGCUUCCAUAUUUAUUUACACCCUUGUUUUGAGAAACAGAAUUCAGAUAUGUUGCCAUUAGAGCUGGUUGACUUAAAGGUUGUCAUCAUCAUCUCUCUCUCACACACACACAAAAUUAGUAAUACUAGCUGGGCUAUAAAUUCCUUGCAUAUAUUUGAUACUAAUCUUUUGUUUUGUGAUGAAAUACCUUAAUUAAAGAGAUGUCUUGAACAGCCCAGGAGAUCUUAUACAUGUAACUGACAAAUAUACGUAUAAAUAUAAGAAAAAAAAAAUGUCUGCACGACUUGUUUUCCAACAAUUAUAAACUUUUAAAAGCUGUAUCUUUCUACAUGCACACAUGUUCAUCCUUAAAUAUAAACCUUGACAUAAUGUGAAAUAUUCAGACCACAGGCUGUCUAUGGUUCAGACUUUACAUAUCUCUAGUCAGAAAAUCCUGGUCUGAAAAGAUUUAAUUUGUAAAUAAAUUUGAAAAAAAUUGCUGCAAUAAAAUAGUACAGGGUUGAGCACCCAAAUGUGUUGUGUAUAAACCUUUAAUUUUUCCAAAGCUACAGACAAAAAA